CGGAAGUUGUCGGUUAGCAACAGCAGCAGCGGGCUGCAGGCUGAACACACACACAGCUGUUACACUGAAAACACACCGAACGCGGUUUUAUCGACAGUUUCAUCCAAACUGCGGGAACUGCGUGCAUGGAGGCUGAUCGAUCCGGCGCGUGUGGAAGUAUCGAUUGUGCUCGUGGAGGAAGCUGAUCGGCGGCUCUCCCGGAGAGUGGACGGAGUCUGAUGUGAGGGACGACAUGAAUCAUCAGAGAGGAGAGCUGGAUGGAAGAGACGAGCAGCCGCUGCUGAGCUAACAGGCUAACAGGCUAACCGUCAGCAUGGACAGGCUUCAAUAAACUUUAUCAACACCUGGACUCAGUGACAAUAAGACAAGAACCGCUGGCAGAAAACAUGGACCCGCUGCUGGACUUUGAGGAGUGUGUCAAAGACUCACCUGACUUCAGACUGAAGCUCGAGCUUUUUGAGACAGAUGUUUCUGCUCUGGAGUCACAGCUGGACAAGGUGAUGAAGCUGUGCGGUAAGAUGGUGGAGGCGGGACAAGCGUACAGUGCAGCCAAUCAGCUGUUCCUGACUGGCCUGGCUGAACUCUCCAUGUACAACAAGAAGGACAGCGUCAUCAGCAACUGUCUGAACCAGUUCAACCAGGGCCUGCAGGAGAUGGUCAGCUUCCACACUAUGUUGUUCGAUCAGACUCAGAGAGCCAUCAGCCAGCAGCUCACCAACCUGUGCACACAGUUCCUGCCGCAGCUCCUGGAGACGAGGAAGGAGUUUGUUCGGAUCGGGGAGGAUCUGGAGACGGCGGCGGUGAAGAGCGCUCAGGUUUCUCGCCACAAGCCGGCAGACGCCGAGCGGGCGAGUCAUCUGUUGCUCGCCACACGCAAAUGUUACCAACACUUCGCUCUGGACUACUGUCUGCAGCUCAACACGUUCAAGACUCAGCAGAGAGUCGACAUCUUAAACUCAGUGUUCUCCUUCGUCCACGCUCAGUUCACCUUCUUCCACCAAGGCUUCGACCUGCUCAGGGACCUGGAGCCCACCAUGAAGACCAUGGCAGCACAGCUGUCUCAGUUAUCGACCGACUGUGCAGCCAAAAGAAAAGACCUGGAGAACACACACCUGCUGGUGCAGCAGAGGGAUGCUUCAGGAGAGCCGAUGGUCAGCCCGUGUCCCAACACUGCUGACAUCAUCCAGGGUUACCUGUUCAAACGCUCCAGGAGAAAAUCCAAAACCUGGAAGAGGUGCUGGUUUUCCAUCAGAGACAACCAGCUCAUCUACAGGAAGUCACACAAGGAGGACAACAUGGUUCUGUUUGAGGAUCUCAGACUGUGUGCCGUCAAAUCUCUGGAGAACAUCGACCGGCGGUUCUGCUUCGAGCUGCUGUCUGUUCAGAAGUGCUGUGCUCUGCAGGCGGACUCGGAGCAGUUGAAGCAGGCCUGGCUCAGCGCUCUGCAGGGCAGCAUCGACCUCGCCUACAGAACCGAGCCUCAGCUCACACAGCCUAAAGAGCUCCUCCCCCCCCUCUGUGGCGGAGGAGGCUCCUCCCCCGGCCCCCCCGCUCAGAGGCGCCCGGUGCUGGGCGUGGCCCUCAGGGGCCCCGGGAACCUCCGCUGCUGUGACUGCGGGGAGGAGGAGCCUCGCUGGGCCUCCAUCAACCUGGGAGUGACCAUGUGCAUCGAGUGCUCCGGGAUACACAGGAGCCUCGGAGUUCACCUGUCCAAGGUGAGAUCUCUCACACUGGACUCAUGGGAGGCUGAACAGCUGAAGCUGCUGUGUGUACUUGGAAAUAACGUCAUGAAUCAGAUCUAUGAGGCGCGAUGUUCAGAGGAAGGACGGGUCAAACCCAGAGCCGACAGCCUGCGAGCAGAGAAGGAGACGUGGAUCAGAGAGAAAUAUGUGGAGAAGAGAUUCGUGCAGAGGAGCUCAGGUGGUGAGAAGGACGACCCCGGGCUGCGUCUGUAUCACGCCGCGCUGGCAGGAGACCUGGUUGCCAUGGCAGCAGCGUUGGCCCAGGGGGCGGAGGUGAACGGGAGCAUCGGUGAGGAGGAGGGACGCACGGCGCUGAUAGGAGCUGCUGUCGGGGGGUCGCUGUUGGCCUGUGAGUUCCUGCUGCUGAACGGUGCCAACGUCAACCACCGAGACCUGAGAGGACGAGGAGCUCUGCACGCCGCUGCCACCGCUGGACACACCGGACAGGUGUGUCUCCUGUUGAAGAGAGGAGCCAAUCAGUACGCUGCAGACGAGAGGGGACAGGACCCGUUGGCCAUCGCUGUGGAAACAGCCAACGCUGACAUCGUCACUCUGCUGCGGAUGGCGAGGAUGAACGAGGAGAUGAGAGAUUCAGAGGGAGUGUUUGGAGCUGCAGGAGACGACGAGACGUUCCAGGACAUCUUCAGGGACUUCAGCGACAUGGCGUCACACGACCCUGAGAGGCUCAGCCGCCGGCAGUUCAGCCGAGGUGGAGAGGAGGAGGAGGAGGAGGGGGAGGGAGGAAGAGCAGGAGGCGUGUUGAACAGUGUCGAAAAGGCUUCAUAAUGACUGAAACUGUGUCACCAUGGCAACAGUCUGAAGGGUCACCUUAACAUUUCAAACAUUCGACUGACAGCUGAUACCAGACUGUGGUAUAUUCUGUAGUAUAAGUACAUGUAUACUUUCUGUACAGUUACUGUGGUUGGAAAACGUGUUACGAAGUGAAGCUGCAGCUGAUUUCAUUAUCAGUUAAUCUGCAGAUCAUUUUCCUCAUUCAUUUCACUAGUUAAUCUUUAAAGGUACAGUUAACCAAAAAAUAGAAUUCAGUCAUUGUGAUUUUUUGGAUGAACUGCUCCUUUAAAUGUCAGAGAAAAGUAAAAUUAGACUCAUUAAUGAGUCAGUAGGUUCAUAUUUGACCAGGGCCAGGCUAGCUGUUUACCUCUACUGCCAGUCUUAAUGCUAAGCUAGGCUAAUGGCGUCCUGAUUCCAUCUCACAAGGAGGUGAUAUAUGUAUUUCCUAAAAUGUUAAACUACUCCUUUAAACAAAUGGAUGACGGUAAACACUGUUGUGUGAUGCUAAUCGUUGUUAGCAUGCUAACGAUCUUACAGGACAGGAAAUGAAUUCAGUUACUGUGGCUGGAAACGUGUUACGAACCAGAGCUGCAGCUGAUUUUAUCAUCAGUCUUAAAUAUUUUCUCCUUUUCAUUGUUGAUUAGUUUUUAAAGGCACAGUGCACCAGAAAAAUGCAAAUUCAGUCAUUACUUUAGGUGAACUGCUCCUUCUCCAAGAGAAUAGUGGAAAAUAACCGUGAUGCAAGUUUUAGAAAUGCUUCCAAUUAAUAAGGGACAGGCUAGCUGUUUGCCUCUACUUCCAGUCUUAAUGCCAAGCUAGGCUAACCACACCUUGUCUCUAUCUCACAAGGAACUGUUGUUGAACUGCUCCUUUAAUGAACACAUUCAGCAGCAGAUAACAGCCAGCACAUUGAUGUGAUGCUAAUUGUUGUUAGCAUGCUAACAGUCCUACAGAUCAGGAAAUGAAUUCAGUUACUGUCAGAGCGACGAUACAAAGGACACCUGUGAACAGGUGUGAUGAUGUCACACUGUCACACCUGUUCAGACUCCAUCAUGUUUGUUUCAUGACUGCAGAUUUUAAACUAAAUAACUCAGGUCAGUAACUGUAAUGAUGUCACACUCAGGUCUGAGGUCACUUCCUGUCACUGAGAGUUUUUACAGGUGUGUUCAGAGCUUCACCUGAGCUGCUGCUGUUUACUUCGAUCUCUCCAGGUUCUCACUUUAUUUUACAGAAGUGUUCCAGCUGAGCGGAGCGGCUCGAGAACUGUCUGAUGUUGACAUUCUGUUUCUGGAUGAAGACUGUAGUGGACCAACAGAAACGUUUCGCUGACUGUUAUUUAUUGAUAAUAUUGAUUCUGGAGCCUCAGACCUGCUGAAAACUUCCCUGCGUCAUUUAACAAACGUGUCCUGGAAGAUUUUCUGUCCUGAGUUCAGACUGAAGGAGCAGGAGGUCCGGCAGGUUCUGGUUCUGGACCUUUGUCACUCCAGACUGUUACUAAUGUGAUGCUACUGCUUAAUAAACCACUGAACACUCA